UUGGAUAAGUGGGUUUUGUGCAAAAUGUACGAGAAAACAACAGGUAAAGUCAAUGGAGAACAACAACACGAGGAUAAUGGGGGUGUUAUAAUUGAUAAUGAUGGGAUACUUCUACUUCCCAACACAAAUGCACAGCCAGUUCUUGUUCAGGACCCUCAGCUUCCUCCUCUUCCACCAACAACUUUCAUCACUAUGUCCAGUGCAAUGCUUACUUAUCCAAGGUAUGUAUAUGGCUAUGGUGUUCCCACCGAUGGCGUGACUUUACCCAUCGGACUCAACGUCGGUUCUCCUGUAUUGCUUGAUGACAUAUCGGAUUAUCUUGUGCCAUUCGAUUUAUUGGCUAGAGACGAUGAUGACAUGAUGUCAAGGUUACCAUCUGAUACCACACAUCCAGAAUUGUCUUCCGAUGAUAAAAAGAGUUGUCCUUCCUAA